CCGAUCGGUUGUGAGAGUGGAACGAAUGCGAUAACAGUAGCUUUAUAUGUGAUGCUAGAUUUUUACAACAUGUUAACUUCCGCAAAUCACCACUACAUCCAACCAGAAUAUUUGUCUCCUCCCCCUACAACGCUUGAUGCCAAGAGCAGUCCCUUAGCUCUACUAGCCCAAACAUGUAGACAGAUAGGUUCUGACAAUACUUUGGUAGUAAGCCUUGAGAAGACAAAACAUAAUGACAGAAGCAGGGAGAAAAUAUCUUUCAAGUCAUUUGACUCUUCUGCCAAGACAAACAGAAGUGACAGUGGCGAGAGACCUUCACCUUUAGGUAAAUCAGGUUUUCCCAUUGUAUGUGAAAGUCCAGAAAAGAUCCGAACGCACGAUUUGUUUCUUAGAAAUAGCUCGCGUAAUUCUGAAGGAGGAACCGUGACCAGUCUCAAAUCAGGAACUUCGACGUCGACCAGUCCGGUCAGCCAGAAUACCGUAGGAUACGGUGUACCCAGCGACUAUUUACAUGCACUGGACCCGGGAUCUAUCAAGGCUGUGCUCGGUUCGAUACCAAGUAUAAGCCCCUUGAGUACUUACAAGUCUGGGAUGAACCCACUGGUCAGUUGUGUGGGAUGUUCGCAUACUCUCGGCUACGUGCCUGUUGAUACCCCUUCCUCUGCUUACAGCACACAAAGGAGUUCUACCCCUGUGAAACCUAGGGUGUUUUCUAUAGGAAGAGGGGUAUCCCCUUACAUGGGGUAUACGCGAGUUAAGACUCCAGGGGGUGGAUCAACGGUUAUACCCCUGUAUCAAGACCCUUCUUGUAUCAGUUGUCAGUUUGGUGUUCAAAAUGAUCAGCUCAAUCAGUGCCGUAGCAGUUGUGGUAAGUACAGCUAUGAACGACAGCCUAGAGUAGAACUUGCGGGCUCAGUGCCUGGAUUCUUCGGAUCCGGUUCGCCCACCAACGUAGCCAACCUUUACCCAAACUCCUUGAUGCCUCGGCCUAACGUCUGUAACUGGAUGGUUGGGGAGAGUUUCUGUGGAAAGCGCUUCAGCUCCCCUGAAGAACUAUUUCAACAUUUACGAACUCACGCAUCUUCUUCUGGUGGAGACAGCAGCUUAUUUUCUGCAUCCUAUCGUCUUAAUCAUGGAUCACCCAUCACAUCCACAACCCAAAAAGGGGUUCGACGCUCCUACCCCACGGGCCUCAGUCCGGUAAGCAACAGAUUCCACCCUUACACACCUUCCCACACGACUCUUCCACAAGUUCCUUACCCAGGACUCGGCCUUUACUAUUCGCCAAGCAGUUACUAUGGUCAGAGACUAGGACCGCCUGUUCAUCUUUGAGAUCAAAGCAAUGAUUAUUUAAUGGGAGAAAAAGAGAAACCAAAGCCUUAUUAAUAUGUGAAUAUAUAUGCAUGACAGACAAUUAAUAUUUCAUGGGGAAAGAACAUGCUUUUUUUUUUUACUCUUGCGAAGUAAUCUAUAUAUUAAUGUCUUUCUGAUUUUAGACGUUUCGUUAAACAACGGUGUUGAAAUAAUUAUAUAAAUUAAAUUUAUAUAUUUUUUCCUCUUAUUGUACAGAAAAGGUUUAGACAUAUUUGCUUUUUCCAAGUUAUUUCCUCCUCAAAUGUUUUACUUUGCUACUAUAGCUCUUGUUUAGUUGUAACAGAUUGUGAAUAGUAUUAAAUAUUAGAAGAUCUUGAGAACGUUAGUGAAAUUCGAAAAUUAUAUCAGUAUAUGUCAGUGUCAACUUUUGGCUUUUUUGUUUUAUUUGUUUGUUAUUAAACACAAAUCUACUCAAUGGGCUAUUUGUGCUCUGCCAACUGCGGGUAUCGAAACGCGAUUUUCAGCAGUAUAAGCUCUCUGACGUAUAGAGCUGAGCGGUCCGAGGGAUUUUGUUUUGGGUAGGAAAAAAUUAAAGACAUUAAAAACGAGGCAUCGUGUGGUUAUUAUCCGAAUUCCCUUUUUAACGGUUUCUACUUUGAUUAAUAGCGGUAUGUCUGCGGACUUACAACGCUAAAAUCCGGGUUUCGAUACCCAUGGUGGGCACAGCACAGAUAGCCCAUUGUGUAGCUUUGUGCUUAAUCACAAACAAACGUUCUUUGUUAAUUUACAGAUUGUAAAUAACUUCUCACAUAUUAAACAA